AUACGUUGAGUCACGUCGGUUCGUCAGCAGGGGUCACACCACAUGUUUUGUCCACGAGACUGCACAUUCUGUGCAACCCAAGAUGUUUUCUUGGUGGUGUUUGCCUAGUGGCUUUGUAUCCUACGGUUCCUUUCUUUCUUUCGUCAGCUGAUGUUCAUAAUACGAAUUCCUUCACCAAGUUUGCGCACUUUAUAAACAUGGAGAAAGAAUUGUUCAUUUUACUGGCACUUUCCUCAACUAUUUAUGCCGAACUGCUACUCCAGCAAGCAGUGGUGAUAUCACGCCAUGGAAGUCGGAUGCUUCUAACAAAAGAUCACAAGACAUUUGAAGAAGGAAUGGACAGUCAGCUGACCAUCAGAGGAAUGGACCAGAUGUUCAGAGCUGGAACCUUUGUUCAAAGUCGUUAUCAAAAAGUUAACUUCUUGACUGAUGUAUACUCUCCUCCGGAUAUUUAUGUGAGGUCCAGUGACUAUUCCAGAACACUUAACAGUGCAUUGAGCUUUCUUCUUGGACUUUAUCCACCAAGAAACCAAAGUCUCAAUGUUUCUUAUGCUGGAGUUUUUUAUUCCCCAUACAACAUACAACAGGUUCCAAUCCACACAGUUGCUGUGCAGAAUGACCAAGUUCUCAGAGGAUGGCUGGCCUGCCCUAAGCUUAACAAAAGACUUGAUACAUUUUAUAAGAGUGCCGAAUUUCAGAAGAAAGAGAAUGAAAGCGCUAAAUUGAGGAAACAGCUUGAAAGCAUUGUAGGCAUUGAGAAAAUUGGACUUGAAGACUUCUACAAUGUGUAUGAUUAUAUCCAUCUUCACCAACUGUAUAACCAUACAUAUCUUAACAUAACUGAUGAGCAGUGGAGAAAGGUAGUUUAUUUCGCAGACUGGGUUGAGUACAAUAAAUACAGCAAGGAAAUGAUUGGCGACAUAGGUGGCGGGAUUUUGGCCAAUGAGAUUGCUUCAAGUUUUAGUGAGAUCGCAGCAAAGAAAAGCAAAAGAAAGCUGCUGUAUUACUCUGCCCAUUAUCCAACAAUGUUUUCUCUGUUUUCUGCACUUGGUUUAAACAAAAUGUCUGACAGUCCUUUGAGAAGAAUACCAUAUUAUGCUUCCUUAGUUUUCUUCGAAUUACUACAUGAUUCUAACAAUGACAAGUUUGUUGUUCAGUUUUCUUUCAAGAAUGGUUUAGAGGUAAGUGUGGAAGCUACUAUUUUCAGACAUUUUCCCAUGAAUUUGGUUGAAGAUUUCAACUACUUUCAUGUUUUGACUGUAGAUGUGUUUUCUUCCCACCAGGUGGUUAUUAAGUCUUGACCAUCAGUUUAGUAGAGUGAACUAUUCAUUAGGCUUCCACAUCUCAUAUUUCAUAUUCCCAUUAUUUCAAAUAUUCUCCUUCCUUUACAGUUGAGCAGCAGCUUUUCAUUUUUCCCUCCCUACCGUAUUUCUUUUUUUGGGGGGAGGGGGGUACUCUACAAAGUUUGGUACAGGAAGGCUACACCCGAUGUCCAACCCCUUACACUUUUGUAUACCACGUUGACAGAAAAGGUACUCAUUUCUUAUACCUUUUAAAAUAGUUACCCCUUUCUUCACAUACCUACUUUAGAACACUGCUUCCAUUUCUAAAUCCUUGGAAUGAAGUUAAUUAACAAUACUACAGGAGAAUGUCAAGCAUUACCAGAAGAAAUGUUAACCGAAGAACAAAUAUUAUUUUUCAGUUUCAAUUUACAUUAUACCUAAAUGGCAGAUUGCCCUACCCUUUCAUAUACCUCAACUUGUGAAAUUCCUACCCUUUUCAAUUGUGUAUAUACUUGAACCCUCAAAAAGGUACCCCCUUUGGGCGGAGCCUCCCCGUAUAAGCCGUUAAUGGGGAGUACUGCCCC